AACAAAGCUAAAAUCCGGUAUCGAUUCAGUAGAUUAUAAAUAACUUUAAUAAUCACCAAAUAACUAGAACACGAAUAUGAUGGAAAGUAGAAUUUACGCAUAGACCAGCUGCAUGGAAUAUAAAAACACGAAUGUACAAAUGUAAGGAUGCAGUCAAUCAGAACAACGUUCACGAUCGACUCAGAUGGCAACUCCGUGGUAGAGGAAGUGCGAAACAUUUUAAGCAAAUCCGAAUUACCUGAGGACUGGAAGUCGGAACCCUGGACUAAUUUUGUAACAGAAAUGAUGACAAAUGAAAUGAUUACCCGUCAGAUAAAAAGAAACUGUGUAAACGUUUGGCAGGCAUAUGCAAGAAAAUGGCGCGAGCUCGAACCUGAUUUGAACGUGUCAAAGGUCUGGCCCGUGUUUGCUGGAAGCUAUACAGAAGGGAUGCCAAAUGCAUGUGACAUCGAUAUGAUUUUCGUUGCUACUUGGGCUGAGGCUUACGAGUACUUUGGAACGUUACGGGAUAAUGUGAACAGUUUACCUUUCAUUUCCGAUCUCUGUCAUCCAGGAUACAUCAAAAUAAUCCUCCCAUCUAAUACGCGAAGAUACUAUGAUUUUCUAGAUUAUUAUAUUAAGAAAGAUGGACGUUACUAUUACUUGAGCAGUACAGGCUUUGUGAGAGUAAUGAAAGAAUGUGGUACGACAGGGGAUGAAAAUCAUAUAAAUGGGCCUGCUCUCACAGAAGAAGGUAUUGAAGGCACAUCAACUGACAUUGUGCACGCAAUCAAAUGCGCUAAUUGGCCAUCAUUUGCUAAUGACAUUUUUCAACGAACACACUUUAAUGGCGAUGUUGAAAAAAUUAAACACUUGAGUGUUUAUGCUGUAGCGACUGGUCACGCCCUGAGUAAACAUAAAGAUAUAGAAUGGAGACUGUCUUUUACAGAAGCAGAAAAGGUCUUGGUGAUGAAUUGGACGGACACCCAAUAUCAUUGUUAUUAUCUACUCAAGCAUUUUAAAAUGAUACAUCUGAAAAAUUCAGAUGUCCUUUGUUCAUAUUUUAUCAAGACGGUGAUAUUUUGGGUGAGUGACGUCAUACACAAUGCGAAAUGGCAGCCAAUCCGGUUAAUGGAGUUAUUAUUCAAAUCGCUGACUCUUCUUCACAUCAUGUACAGGAAUCACUACCUACCGAAUUACUUCAUUCCACAGAAUAACAUGAUAGAUCACAAAUCUAAGGACGAAUGUCUGAUUCUAGCGGAUAUGAUUAGUGCCAUCUUGACAUCCGGUCGCAUUAAAGAAAUCAUUGCCGAAUUACUUUGUGAAAAUGAUAUUGAAGAUAUUUUUAUAUAUUCAAUGAACUGGUAUACGAAAAAUAAAAGAACUACCUCAUGUAGGAUACUCUGUAAAGCCAUUCGUCAAUUUAAAGAAAUCUCACAAGGAUUCACCGAGCUGCUAAUUGUGAAUGAAUCUCUCUUUUUGUCAUCGCUAACAAUCAUGAUGUCGAUUCAGAGUCGUUCUCAGUGCGAAGCAUUAGAGGAAGAAGUAGCAAUUUUACCUCAAAUAGUUUCAUUGGAGUUUAUCGGUGCCUUUCAACCCGUCAUAAGGAGACAGAUAGCAGAUUAUUAUCAUUCGCUUAGAACCAGAUAUUCACGAAAAAAAAGCUGAAAGUUGGUACAAGGACUCUCUUUCACUUAUUUAUCCUUGUGGAUUCAAUGACAGACAAAUAUCGGGGAGAGUUCAAUUAGCUCUUUUCUACUAUUUAAACGGCAACUUGACAAUUGCUUUAACCGAGAUGAACAAAAUCCAUCCAGUUAUUGUCGAUGCAAUCAAGAACUCGAAAGUAGACCAGUAUCUACAGAUUUCUUUCCCGGUAUGGUUAAAGGAAAGAUUUACCUAUGACAAGUUUUUGUAUCGGCUGGUUUCGACUUUAUUGAUGAAUCAUCCUUUUAUUAUAAAUGUGAUUAUCAUCGGCAUAUAUGUUAUGAUUGGGUGUAUAGUUAGACUCUUUUCGCAAGAUGGAAAAAAUGACGCGUUGAGUUUAUAUUAUCUUCUGAAAGAUUGCGAAGAUCAGCAGUAUACACCGAAUGCUUAUGAACAAUAUCACUUUAUUGCAAAUGCUAUAUUAAUUAUUAUAAAGGAAACGUACAAUAUUUGUGAGUUACCACAACCAGUGCAAAAUAUACCAAUUCCGACCAGGAUGCAGGCUGUUAAGCAGUAUUGGGAUAAUCGGUUAAAAUAGACAUACCCAUUUAUAUACUGUAUAUGUACAUGUAAUAUCAUAAAGAUUAUAAAUAUGUAAGUUGA